ACUAAGCAUACUUCUAUUUUUUACCUUUAAAUACAAUGGCAUGAUUCGUUACUAUGGUAAUGUAAUCACAACAAAUAACAUACUGAAAACCAGUUCAUUGAGAUGGAGUUAAAAUAUUUGCAGACAAUUCUUGAAGCUCAAGAAAAAGAUUAUAAAAUUGUUUCUCUUUCGUGGGCGCCUAACAAUCAAAAACUUGCAGUUGCUACUUGUGAUAGGCAGGUUUUACUAUUUGAUGAAGAAGGUAAAAAACGAGACAAGUUUUCCACGAAACCAUAUGAUCCAGAGGCCGGCAAGAAAUCCUAUGUAAUUACAGGAAUUGCCUUUAGUCCAGAUUCAACUAAAAUUGCAGUGGCUCAAAGUGAUUGUAUUGUUUAUGUUUAUAAAAUAGGAGAGAAAUGGGGCGAUAAAAAGGCGAUCUGUAAUAAAUUCCCGCAGCCUUCGCCAGUCACUUGCUUGGUUUGGCUGCUUUCUGGUCCAAUAAUAUGUGGACUACAAGAUGGUAAAGUGAGGGCCCUUCAAAUUAAAUCAAAUAAAUCUCAGAGCCUAUUUGCAUCUGACAGCCUUGUAGUUUCGUUGGCUUCCAAUCCAAAAGGAACAGGAUUUUUGUCCGGCCACAUCGACGGCAACAUCAUUCGCUUUUUCGUGAUCCACGAUUCGAACAGCGACGAAGAGACCCAAGGCAGGGCGGCCUUGCACUCAGUGCCGCCCUUUGCCUUAGCAUGGCCCCAGGGGCACAUUUUUGCGGCCGGCUGCGACAAGCGCGUCUGUGUCUACGGUCCCACCGGAAAGACGAUUAAAACGUUCGACUACAGCAAGGACAACGAGGAGCAUGAUUUCGUGGGGGCCGUGUGCAGUCCCAGCGGUCAAGCUGUCACGAUUGGUAGCUUCGAUCGUCUCAGGACUUACCUGUGGAAUACGAGGAAAUCUGUCUGGGAAGAGAGCGCGCCGAAGAUCAUUAAGAACUUCUAUACCGUGACCGCUCUGGCUUGGAAAAGGGACGGCUCCAAAGUGACUUGUGGAGGAUUGUGUGGCGUCGUUAUGAUGUUUGAAUCAGUGCUAAGGCGUACGGUAUGGAAAGAUAAAUUUGAAAUAACUUACGUGGGACCUAGUCAAGUUCUAGUCAAACCUUUGGACACCAACGAAAGAGGCGUCAUUUUACGGUCUCAGCAUGGUGGUGAAAUCGACGAUGUCAAGAUUAUGGGUAGAGAUGGUUACUUGGUGGCUAAAACCAUGGAGACUCUCUUAGUGGCCGACUUACAGAGGAAUUUACUUAGUGAGGUACCUUGGAAUAACCCAGAACGAAACGAAAAAUUCUAUUUCGAAAAUCCCAACGUUUGUUUAGUGUUCAACGCAGGAGAGCUAACUCUGAUAGAAUACGGUGCCAACGAGGUUCUUUGUUCUGUCAGAACGGAAUUUGCAAACCCUCAUUUGAUGAGCGUUAGGUUAAACGAAAGAAACCAGUCCGGCGAUAAUAAAAAACUGGCAUAUCUGCUGGAUUUGAAGACUAUAUUAGUUAUGGAUUUGAUAAUUGGAGUGAACAUGUGUCAGAUAAGUCACGAUUCUAAAAUAGAUUGGCUGGAACUCAACGAAACCGCAGAGAAGCUGCUAUUCAGAGAUAAAAAACAGAGACUUCUAUUGGUGGAUAUAGCAACGCAAUUCAAACAAACGAUUUAUACCGAUGUGACCUUUGUCCUAUGGGUGGAAGGCAGUGACGUGGCAGUCGCUCAGUCGGGAUCAAAUUUGGCGAUAUGGUAUAACAUUGAACUGCCAGAAAGCCCUACAAUUAUGACAGUACGUGGGGAGGUUACUGACGUAAUCAGGAACAAUGGGAAGACGGAAGCGAUUUGUUUAGACGGAAAUCAUACUUUUAACGUGGAAUUGGAUGAAGGUUUGGUAGAGUUUGGUACUGCGGUGAACGACAACGACUAUAGUAGGGCAAUUCUGUUUCUGGAGAGCAUGGGAAGAUCAUCAGAAGCCGAUGCAAUGUGGCACACAUUGUUAGUCAUUGCGAUGAAACAGCACAAUCUCUUAUUGGCAGAACGUUGUUUUUCGGCUUUAGGUGACGUAUCCUCUGCACAUUUUCUACAAGAAACAACCCAUAUUGGACGCGAACUAUCCCAACACAACGAAAAUCCUAACAAUUCUCCAAAAAUUUGGGCGAGAUUGUCUAUAUUAUACGGUGAUCUCAAUACUGCCGAAAAUAUUUACUUGGAACAAGGGGAUAUUGAUGGUGCUUUGAAUAUGUAUAAGAAUUUACAUAAAUGGGAUGAUGCUUUAAGACUUGCUGAACAAAGAGGCUACGAUCGACUUGACGAUUUAAAACAAGAACACAUGUCAGUUUUGAUGCAGUCAGGUCAAUAUGAAAAAGUGGGUCAGGUUCUAGAAAAAGAUGGGAAAUGUGAAGAAGCCUUGAAUAUGUAUUUAAAAUCGAAUAGACUCUUGCGAAUUCCACAGCUGCUAACUCAAAAUCCUCAGUUGUUAGAUGAUCAUACGCUUAUAGCAGGAGUUUUGAAAAAUCUACUUAAGCAAGAGCUGUUUGAAGCUGCCGCUGACAUCUAUGAGAAAUUAGACAAAUAUGAUCUUGCCAUGGAAUGCUAUAGAAAAGGAAAAGUUUGGAGUAAAGCGGUGGAACUAGCCCGAAAAGUAAGCCCUGAUCAAGUUGUCCAAUUAGAGGAGGAGUGGGGUGACAGUUUAGUUGAAAAUAAGCAAAUGGAUGCUGCCAUUAAUCACUACAUAGAAGCAGGCAGUACUAUUAAAGCACUGGAUGCAGCUGUAGCUGCCAAACAAUUCAAGAAAGCUGUUCACAUUAUCAAAGUGAUAGAUGAUGCAGACACAGUUAAAAAGUACUAUGAGCUAAUAGCUGGAUAUUUUGCAAGUGUUAAGGAUUAUUCAACUGCAGAAAAACUAUAUUCAGCAAGUGGAAUGUACAAAGAGGCUGUGGAUAUGUACAAUGAGGUGGGGCAAUGGGAAAAAGCUCAUUCCAUAGCUUUAAAGUACUUGGAACAAGAUGAAGUAUCUGACAUGUAUAUUUCGAGAGCCGAACAAUUAGAGGAAGCUGGCAAAUUUAGGGAUGCUGAAAAAUUGUAUCUUUCGGUAAACUCUCCAGAUUUGGCAAUAGCUAUGUAUAAAAGAAUUGAACAAUAUGAUAACAUGAUAAGGCUAGUGGAAAAAUAUCAUCCUAAUUUACUACAAACGACACAUUUACAUUUAGGACAACAGCUCGAAAGCCAAGGAAAACACAGGGCUGCUGAAAUACAUUUUCUAGCUUGUGGGGAGUGGAAGGCGGCUAUGAAUAUGUACAGGACUUUAGGCAUGUGGGAGGAAGCUUAUAGGGUUGCCAAACAAAAUGGAGGACCUACAGCAGCCAACCAAGUAGCAUUCCUUUGGGCCAGAACAUUACCUAUCGAUUCUGCUAUAAAACUAUUAAACAAAUAUGGAAUAUUGGAAUCGUGCAUUAACUAUGCAUGUGAAACAUAUCAAUUUGAUUUUGCUUUUCAAUUAUGUAAGGAACUACCAACUAAAGUUCCUGAAGUUCAUUACAAAUAUGCGAUGGCUUUGGAAGAUGAUGGAAAAUUCUCCGAAGCUGAAGCAGAAUUUGUGCUCGCUGAUAAACCGAAAGAAGCUGUAUUAAUGUAUGUUCACGCGCAGAACUGGAUAGCAGCUCUGCGCGUAGCGGAAACCCACGAACCUGCCACUGUUCCUGAGGUUUUACAGGCUCAAGCCUCUCAGUGUUUCAAGGAUAAGCAGUUUAACGAAUUUGAAGUGCUGUUGCUUAGAGCACAAAUGCCAGAAUUGAUUGUACAAAAAUAUAAGGCAGCAGAAAUGUGGAUAGAUGCACUCAGAGUGUGUAAGGACUAUUUGCCACACCUAUAUCCGACGUUACAAUCUGAAUAUAGCAGCUGUCACCACAACAAAACAACAGACGUUAAUAUAGAAACGCUGCUCUCAAAAGCCAACGAAUGGGCAUUGGCUGGUCAGCACAAACAAGCCAUCGAAUGCCUGUUGCAAGUGAAUACUUCGAUCACAGAACCUUCUAUAGUUAAAAGAGCCCUACUGAGAGCAGCCGAUAUGGUAAAUAAGUUCUUGUUUGGUCAAGAAGCCAUGGAUAUAAUUAAAAUUUUAUCGCCAAGGUUAAUUGAAAUGGGCGAACACGCAGUAGCUGCCCAACUCUAUAUCAGCAUGGAGCUAAUGAAGGAAGCAAUUGACGCUUUCAUUACGGCGGAAGAUUGGGAGAAAGCAAGAAAAGUUGCUAAAGAACUAGAGCCAGCUUAUGAGAGUUACGUAGAAAGCAAAUACAAAGACAGGUUGUUGAAGAAAGGAGAUGUGGAACAAUUGGCUGACGUUGAUAUAAUCGGUGCGUUGGAUCUGUUGGCUGAGCAGGGACAGUGGGUACGGUGCAUCGAAAAAGCUAAAGCUCAUAACACAGUGCCCAUUUUACAUAAAUAUGUCGCUCUAUAUGCCGCCAAAUUGCUCAAGGAUGGUUUUGUGGUUGAAGCAUUAAAUUUGUAUUCGACUCACGGAGCUCCGGCCAUGCCACAGAAUUUUAAUAUUUACAAUCACAUCGCUACUGAGCUAUUUGGAGCGCCAGACUUAUCUGAUCCGGAUUCGUACGGCGUUUGGGAGCAACUCAGACGAAUGUUGUUAGAAAUUAAUGAAGGUUUAGAUAUCGCUCCAAAUAUUUCCGUGGAGACCAAGAUGCACUUUAAGAAUUUAUUGCUGAUAGCCCAUUUCUAUGCAUUGAGAUGUGCCUGCAAACAAACUACCUCUCUAAAAGCUAUCGGCGUAAAAAUAAGCACAGCGUUAUUGAGAUAUACCGAUAUAAUACCGGCGGACAAAGCUUUUUAUGAAGCAGGUAAAGACCUAAGAGACGAAGGCCGAUUAUCUGAGGCUUUUGUAUUCUUAAAUCAUUAUUUGGAUUUAUGCGAAGCUAUAGAGGAAGGCGAAGGGCAACUUGUAGAUCACUCCGAUCUAGUUCAGACCGAUUUUCCUUCUAACAUCCCUAUACCUUCGCGGCUUUAUUUAGCGGACGAUUCUAAAGAACAUGACAACAUUCGAGAAUGGGUAUUGGCAGUGAGCAUGGAUCAAAAAGUUGAACAGGUACUGCCUAUCGACGAACGUCAAUUGUACGAGAGUUCUCUACAACCUGGAGAAUUACCUUGCUUAGUCACUGGCUAUCCAAUUAAAAAACAACCAGUAUCAUUUUCAAAAUCUAACUUCCAAGCUAGUAAAGAUGCUUGGGCAAAACUUAACAUGGGAGCAAAAUUAGCUCCAGAUUCAAAUAUACCUAGUGUAAUAACAUUUAUAAAUAAAUGGUGUGGCACAAUUAUUAAUUAAAUAUCUGCAUUGAAAUAACUUUAUAUACUUAGAUUUCUAGUGCAAAAUUAUCAAAUAAAAUCUCUUAAGAAUA